UCUGUUAUGUCUGCUGCCUCCUGCUUUUUCUCAUUGCCGCUCUCCACCCACCAGUGGAACGCAAGUCGCCCACUAAGAGGUAAAAUGUCACUUCUCGUUGCCCAUCACCAGAUCAGCGCUUGCUUUUACUUUCCGUCACUGAGCAGGAAGCAGCACGGGCUCUGGUUGCACCAUCGCUGCUCCAUCUGAAGGUUUCACUUCCCUGCAGCUCUUCAAACAGAUUCAAUUACAGCGACGGGGGCUUCAAUUCUCUACAUUAUUGUUCGGUUUGCGUGUGUUUCCUGUCUGCGUGGGAUCCGGCGUCCGCGUCCGAGCCGGGCUGACGCGACCAGGACUCUCUCACCGGCAUCAAACAGAACGUCGGGGACGAGAGACCUUCACGCGGCCGCGCGCGCGCUCCACACCUGGGCUGCUGACGUCACGGAAGGUGUUUUCCGUCAGUCUGCGGCAGUCGGAGCGUCGCUCGGGGCGAUGGCCGGCGGUGCAGCACAGUGUAAAACUUCAGCUGGAGACAAUAAUGACUCGCUGCUUAAUAAUACGCGGGUCAGGGGAGGAAAACCUCCUUUUGCUGCCAUCUAGCUGUCACACAGCGAGGCAACAGCCUGAUGACGCUGUCCGUCAUUAGCAGCGGGGUACAUUAACCUCCAUCCUCCCGGUGACGCCCAGAUGAUGUGAAAACUUGAUGCGAUGAUGUCAUACUUUGAUUUUUGUUGCUUCUGUGUCCACUUGUGAUGUUUUUGUAGCAUUUCUUUUCUUGGGGUCAAAUCGUUUGACCUUUCGCAGCGCGGUCAUGCUCCAUCAGGCCCCCCACGCCUCCCCCCACCCUCGGCACCCUGCUGAGCUCGCCCCUGGAUGGAGCAGUGCGGCUCAGCGCUUCAGCCUAGAGGCAGCGCUCACAUGGGUGGGCUCCACUUCAAAAACAGGGUGCAGACCACGAGUGUGCUGCAGGAGGCCUCUGCAGCGCUGCGCUGCAAUGACACUAUUUGACAGAGCAAAGACAACGAGGCGGGGUUUGAUAUCUCGCUGAAUUAUCUCAUAGCAGACUCCAACAAACACCGGAAAGACGUGUUUGGCAGCUAUUGUCAUCUGUAGGAUUAAGAUGGACCAAAAGUGGAUUCAGGCCCUUGUGAUUCUGAUGCUUUAUCAGAGAUUUACUUCAGGAGUUGAAGUGGUAACAGUCAACCAAGGGGACUCACACAGGAUCGAGUGCAGACCCUCUGAAAUAGGCACCAUCAUCAUAUGGUUUCGCGUCCUGGACAAUGUUGGCAUGGAAUUUAUUGCAUCUUACACCAACAACGGCAUGUUGAAGUCUAAGGGGAUCCAAAAUCCCAGAUUACAAAUUUCCGAUGACGUCCUCACUCUGACUUCCUUCACCAAGUUCGAAGACAGCGGCGUGUACAGCUGUGCAAGUAUAAAAGGCAACGAGCUGAAAUUUGGCAAAGUGAAACGACUGGUUGGUGUUACGGAUCCAGUCGCGGCACCAGAACCAAAGGUCGUCUCUACGCCGCCAUGUCCGACCACAACCACCAGGCCCUGCAGCUGUAACACCAGCAGAGCGAAGCCGGAGAGCGCGUCCUUGUACUGUCCUCUCGUCAUACUGGGCCCACUGGCCGGGUCCUGCGGCCUUCUCCUCCUGCUCCUCAUCGUCACCACGCUGUACUGCAACAAAAUAAGGACGCGGAGAUGUCCACAUCAUUACAGGAAAAGGCCACAGAACAUGACUCCAGGAAAACAAAUGAACAACAGACAUGUUUAAUCUGAACGAUGCACGUCUUCAAACUGUAAACUUAUUCAAACUCCGUAGUUGUUGAAUGAAUGUCCUGAGAACAUUUUAAUUGAGCCUCCUCUGUCAACUUUUAUCGUCAGAUAGUCAAUAGUCUGAUUUCUUUUCAAUGUUUAGUCAGUUUUGCUUUUGUACAAAUUUCUUUUGUUAGAGCCUCUUCUUUUGAAAUAUAUUUGCGGUUUGUUUUUUUCAACAUCACUUUUUGUUGAUUUGCUGAUUUGAUUUGUUGAUAUGGCACAUUUUCUUCUCUUGUUUUCUGCAGUUUUAGGAUUUGAGAAAGUUUUAUUCUGAAAACAUUAAUUUACAGCUAUAAAAAUAAGUAAAAAAAAUUAUGUACAAUCGUUUAUUCAGUGAAAGUAAACGCAAACUGAUGACGGUCUUACUCAAACGUACAAACAUAGCACCUGCCAGUUACAGUUUUAUGGUUUAUAAUGUAACUGGCAUUAUUUAGAUCUUUUAGAUUUAGAGAUUUUAAAUAAUUUUAAAUGAAUUUUGUACCAGAAUAUUACUGCUGUCUUUAUUUUGUAGCUUGAAUCCGUGUAAAAAUAAAUAAAAUACAACAAGAAAUCCA